CGCCCUCGAUUGUUUACACACCGGCCACCAUUUAUGUUUCCCCCGUAGCUGCGGAGACCAUUAGUAACGCACUAAAUCUGCUGAACGCGAAUUUUUUAUCUAUAAAACUGCAAUCAUGAGAUCUUUAAUAACUCCUUUGAUUCGUAGGAUGUCUACAGGGAACAAAUCAACUAUCUAUGGUUUCACAGUAGCAUCUCUUGAUGGAAAAGAGAGACAAUUAUCUGAUUAUCAAGGAAAAGUCUGCAUGAUCAUCAACGUUGCGUCACUCUGAGGCACAACCACGCGCGACUACCAUCAGCUCAACGAGCUGACGGCCAAGUACGGGUCGCGCGGCUUCGAGGUUCUAGCAUUCCCCUGUAACCAGUUCGGUCAUCAGGAGAAUUGCAAGAAUGAAGAGAUUCUGGACUUGCUGAAAUAUGUAAGACCAGGACAAGGUUAUAGCCCCCAGUUUCCUAUCUUCUCUAAAGUGACAGUCAAUGGCAAAGACACCCACCCCCUCUAUACCUUCCUUAAGACCACCCUCCCCUUUCCCAGUGACCUGGCAGCUGGGGCGGGGUCAGUCCUCAUGAACGACCCUAAAGGAAUCAUCUGGAACCCCGUCAGGCGUUAUGACAUCAGCUGGAACUUUGAGAAGUUCUUGAUAGGGCAAGAUGGGGUACCGUUUGGGAGGUACAGUCCCAAACUACCCCCUGCUGACUUAGCUGGUGAUAUUGAGAAACUUUUGUAGACUUCAAGAUGAGUUUUUAAAAUAUUUAUCUCCAGUUUUGAUUUUCACAAGAUUUUGUCUUUGCUUUAAAAUGAUUUGAGAAUGCUUCCUGUCUGAUUAUAAAGGAAAUCAUUUUUGUAAUCACAUUGAAUUAUCUUUAAACAACAUUUCUAGAAAUUAAGUUCUGUUUUGAGAUAAACUCUCAUGAAGUUCUAAUGAAAUAUUAUCAUCAUGUAGUAAAUUGAAAUCCUUAUGCAUUUGGAGAUUGUGUAGGUCUACAAAAUUAAAAGGAAGUGAUGAAUAUUGUCAUCAUACAAUCAAAUAAAGCUUUCCCAUAAGGGUGAGGAAACAAAGAUUGAAAAUGGUGAAAAUUGCAACACACCUGUGAAAGCACAAACCUUGUUUACCUAUCUAUCAUUUUUGAAGCAUUGUGUGAAGUAAACAAAGCCAAAGGUAGAAAUAAUUUAUUGUGCCACAUAAAACUGCCUCAGGGUUCAUAUCUUAUACUCAAAUACGGCAUUAUUACAAUGUAUGGUCUUUAUACAGUAUUCAGUUUUUACAUACCGGUAUAUUACUUAGUUUGAAUGAAUCUUUUUACUUUAUCAAGAAUCAGCAUGUCUGUUGAUGGGCCUUGAAGAAUGUUCUAUGUAUCAAAUAUGUAUGUUGCUAUGAUUAUAUAAACAUGACUACAAGUUUAGUGUACUAUAUCCUUAGUCAUCCUUUUCUUUAUGCUUAUUUAUUUUCUAACCCGUGCCAAAGAGAGCUUUGUUUACAAUUUUACAAAGACCCUGUACAUUACGCUUCCCUGAUGGACAUUAAUGGGCAUUUAUCCGUUUAAAAAAUGUUUUGAAUCACUUUCAGACUAUCCUGUAAGCCUGGGCCCAUCAUAUUCAGUAUUUAGUAUACCAAGUAUUGUCACUUGUCAAACUUGCCACUAAUGAUAUAAUUUUAAUGCUUAGCCAAUUAUAUAUUUCUAUCUCCAUGUUUCUCAUCCUGAAUGAUUGGUAGAUUUCCUGUAAUAUUAAUUAAUUUAUCUCUUACCUGAUUAUUUAUGUGUAAAAUCAAAUUAAACAGUUUAUAUUUUCUGUGUUCUUUUUAUCAAAGAUCAGUUUUCCAUUAUGAAAGCGUUAUGAACAAUGAAUGAUUUGUAGAUUUCCUGUAAUAUCAAUUGAUUGAUCUCUUACUUGAUUAUUUAUGUGUACAAUCAAAUUCAAACAGUUUAUAUUUUCUCUGUGUUCUUUUUUCAAAGAUCGGUUUUCCUUUAUGAAAGGCUUGUUUUGAACUCUACUUUAGAAGAAACAAAUCUUGAUGCGCCGGAAAAUUGGUCUACUUUUACAGUCCAUCUCAAAGACACCUAGAAAAUAUAAGCUGUUUCAUAUUUGCUUUGACAUCCAUUAGUUUUCAGGUUGUAAGCCUUAUGCAUGUAUUCGUGCCGUGACACUGCAAGUAUUAUUAGAGCACAUGUGCCUUCAUUUUAUGCUUUCUUUAUCUCUUGCAGAUGUCUCCUAGAGUCAAUUCUCGUCUAUGAUGGUAUUGUAUCAAACUCAUAUUAAGAGAGAGCAAUGCUGGAUGCUUUAGAGAAUGGAUUCAACCGCAAGGUGUGGUACAUGUGCAAGAGAUAAAGCAAUCAUUUGUAAUAAUGUUUGUCUAUGCAUCCUAGAAUAGAGAAAGAAAAAAUAUAUAUUAUUAAACAGCCCACCAAGUAAA